AUGGAAAACGACAAAGCUCGCUCCCAAGAACCGAAAUGGGGAAAGCUUCGGCCCGGACCAUUCACAAGACGCAUCCGGCGUUCUCGGCAGGAUAGGGAAGUACAGCAACUGCGUAUACCGUUCUAUACUAGAACCGAGGACCCCUUAACCCACCUUCAUCCAUUUCAGUCUGCCAUUGGAUGCAAGGGCCUGAGCGAUGAAGGGCAGUGCCUACUAUUCCCAUCUUCCAUUACCGAAGCAGCCAUGAACUGGUUCUACCGGUUGGAGCCGGAAACGAGAGAGGACGAGCCAUUGAGAGAGUAUGCGGCGCGCUUCAGUCACGAAUACUCAAGGUGUCUGGAAACAAAUGAUAGGGCAGCCUACGGCGCCUUCAAGAGUGGCCUUCGGUCCUCGCAUUUCCGAUACCUGGUACACAGCAGCAACUGGCGCACGUAUGACGAGCUGAUGAAGCAGGCAGCGGUGCACGCCAAGGCCGAGUACUUCAACUCGAAACCCAGUGUUUUGGCACGCCGAGAGGAUACAGAGCCAAACGCUUAUCCGGCAAAGAUGCCAUCCUACGAGAGGGUCGACUCAUAUUCGGCGGACCAUAAGCGGAAGGACAACCGUGCCGAUCGAAGAGAUCACCCAAAGAAGGGAAAAGGGCGGUACGGUCGCAACGACCACCGAGGACCCCUACCCAAUCGUGACCACGGCAACGAGCACAACAGCCAUAAUACGGAAGAUUGUAUAAGCCUGAGAAAGAUCGUGGAACGGUUGAUCCGAGAGGGGAGACUGGACCAGUAUAUCGCCCGGCAGCCAUCGGCGCCGGUGGCGAACCCCACUCGACAGAUAAACAUGAUAAGCACUAUCAGCGGUGGCUCUACCGUUGCGGGAAUGAGGGACCGUUCGAUGAAGCAGUACGUGCGCGCCGCACAGUUCCCUCAGGUAUUCGGAAUAGAGGUGAAUCGGCACAAGGAAGUACCGAAAGUUCACUGGGAACCGAUCACAUUUUGCGAAGAGGAAGAAGAGGGAGUCCUCUAUCCCCACGACGACCCGAUGAUCAUCCGAGCUGAAAUUGCCGACUACGAUGUAGGGCGAGUUCUGAUCGAUACCGGGAGCUCCGUGAGAGUGAUCUUUGCCGAAGCUUUCAGAGAGAUGGGAAUAAAUGACAACCAAGUCAACCGGCAGUUGACACCUCUGUUAAGCUUCUCUGGGGACCUGGUCCAACCGGUCGGUAGCGUUAAACUGCCAAUUACAUUUGGCACAGCGCCAAGAAAAAUGACGACAUACGAUCAGUUCCUAAUCGUUGACUGCCCGACGGCAUACAACGUCAUCGUUGGCCGAACGGCACUCAUGAGGGUUAAGGCGCAUCUCUCGCCCCACAUGCUAUUGAUGAAAUUCCCAACCCCGAACGGCACGGGAGCAGUCCGAGGAAACCAGUUAAGUGCGCGGACUUGCUAUGCCACGGCUCUCAAGGCAACCUCUUUCAAACUCCCCGACGAGACCAUGUCUGUGCAGGGGUUACCGAACGGCGUGGGACCGAUUGACGACCCAAGAGAUGAAUCCCCGACCCCUCACACACAGCCCGCCGAGGAAUUAGAGACGGUAACCUUGAGCGAUGAACAGCCCGAUCGUCAGAUUAGAAUCGGCACAAGACUCAUGCUGACCUCCGAACGCAAUUCUUAA